AAUAAUAAUAAUAAUAAUAAUAAUAAUAAUAAUAAUAAUAAUAAUAAUAAUAAUAAUAAUAAUAAUAAUAAUAAUAAUAAUAAUAAUAAUAAUAAUAAUAAUAAUAAUAAUAAUAAUAAUAAUAAUAAUAAUAAUAAUAAUAAUAAUAAUAAUAAUAAUAAUAAUAAUAAUAAUAAUAAUAAUAAUAAUAAUAAUAAUAAUAAUAAUAAUAAUAAUAAUAAUAAUAAUAAUAAUAAUAAUAAUAAUAAUAAUAAUAAUAAUAAUAAUAAUAAUAAUAAUAAUAAUAAUAAUAAUAAUAAUAAUAAUAAUAAUAAUAAUAAUAAUAAUAAUAAUAAUAAUAAUAAUAAUAAUAAUAAUAAUAAUAAUAAUAAUAAUAAUAAUAAUAAUAAUAAUAAUAAUAAUAAUAAUAAUAAUAAUAAUAAUAAUAAUAAUAAUAAUAAUAAUUAUAAUAAUAAUAAUAAUAAUAAUAAUAAUCAUAAUAAUAAUAAUAAUAAUAAUAAUAAUAAUAAUAAUAAUAAUAAUAAUAAUAAUAAUAAUAAUAAUAAUAAUAAUAAUAAUAAUAAAAAUAAUAAUAAUAAUAAU